CGUUUAGCUCCGGCGGAGUCGGGGAGGCCCGCGCAUGCGCAGCAGCAGCAGGGGCGCAGGGUCAGAGUCGCGCAUGCGCAGUAGCACGCGCAGCGGCAGCAUGGCGGAGCCCGCACAGAAACACGCGCUGGAGAUGGUUCGGCCGGACGGCUCAGACGAGGGCUGUGUGACGUUCGUUCUUCAUGAAGAGGAUCACACGCUGGGGAACUCUCUGAGAUACAUGAUCAUGAAGAGUCAGGACGUGGAGUUCUGUGGAUACAGCAUCACACACCCCUCGGAGAGCAAGAUCAACUUCCGCAUCCAGACGCGAGACGGGGUCCCGGCGUCCGAGCCUCUGCGCAGCGGCCUCCUCAGCCUGACCCAGGUCUGCACACACGUGCUGCACACCUUCGAGACUCAGAUGAAAGCCUUCAAGGAGAAAGAAGAGUCCAUGUGAUGAAGAUCAGGAGAUGAUUGACUGGAAGCUGAAGCAUGUUCUGCUCCUGAUCGAGAGAAACAGUAUAUGUAGGACUGGGUUUAUCUUUCAUCACUCUUAUUGUAGAUGAUACAUGAUUUGUGUCAGUGCUCUAAACUCACAUCUGAGUAUAACCGGUAUAGAUGUGUGUCUCUGUAAAAUAUAAUACGUUUGUCGACCUUAUGAUCACAGAUAUGUUUUGGAUGAAUAUUUAUUUGCAGUGUUUGACUUUGAGAUGAUGCACAUAAAUCAUAAGAGUGCUGUGAUCUCUGAUUCAUUUUGAUGUUGAGCGUUCCUGAACAAUAAAAGCUGAUCGUAAUAA